AUCGCUCUCUUCCUCCCACGACGACCUUCUGCGUUCUUUUCGGAACGCUCGAGAAACGUCCGUGAUCCGUUCUCGUUCGGCUCCUUCGCCAGUUACACACGGUUGGACUCGCAGUUGCGAAAAGGGAAAUAGUGCGAGCCACGAAGAAAAGACCCGGACGCUGUAUAUACAUACAUAUAUACACGCAACGACGAAUAGCAACGACGGCAAUUGUUACAUGAUCGUGCGUUAUGCAUGAUACUGCAUAUUGACAUACACGAGGAACCGUUCGAGUUUACUUCGCGGAGACGCGUAAUUUCGCAAUCGACGACUUACGACGGUGCCGGUGCACAUUGAUCUUACGCCAGUGCGGAAAUUGGUUAUUGAAAAAAUGGCGGCCGAGGCAGUGGUAAAUAAGAACCGAAUGCUGGUGUUUAAGAACAAAGGCAAGGAUCUGGAGGAAAUGCGAAGAAGACGUAAUGAAGUAACAGUAGAGUUACGUAAAAAUAAGCGCGACGAGACUUUACAAAAGAGAAGAAAUGUACCUACAGAUUCAACAGAUGAAGAUGAUAUUGAUAAGCAUCUUUCAAAAAUCAGCUUGGAAGAAUUGGUAGCAAAAGCAGGUAGUUCAGAUCCAGCGAUACAAUUACAAGCUGUACAGUCAGCAAGGAAAUUACUAUCAUCAGAUCGUAAUCCACCUAUCGAUCCAUUGAUAGAGAGUGGCAUUUUACCAAUCUUAGUUCGUUGUCUUGAACAACAUCAUAAUCCAUCUUUACAAUUUGAAGCAGCCUGGGCUUUAACAAAUAUUGCAAGUGGGACUUCUGCUCAAACGCAAGCUGUUGUUGCUGCUGGUGCGGUUCCACUCUUUUUGCAUUUGUUACUUUCAAGUCAACAGAAUGUAUGUGAACAAGCUGUAUGGGCCUUAGGUAACAUAAUUGGAGAUGGUCCAAUACCUAGAGAUUAUGUUAUUAAUCUUGGUGUUGUACCGCCUUUGCUAACGUUUAUAAAACCAGAUAUACCUAUUACGUUUUUACGUAAUGUAACAUGGGUCAUCGUAAACUUAUGUAGGAAUAAAGAUCCACCACCACCAGUUCAAACCAUAAAGGAAAUUUUACCUGCUUUAAACGUGCUUAUUCAUCAUAAUGAUAUUAAUAUUCUUGUUGACACUGUAUGGGCCUUGAGCUAUUUGACUGAUGGUGGUAAUGAUCAAAUUCAAAUGGUUAUAGACAGUGGUGUUGUACCUCGUUUAAUACCACUUCUUUCGCACAAAGAAGUCAAAGUGCAAACUGCUGCUCUUAGAGCAGUUGGUAAUAUUGUGACUGGCACAGACGAACAAACACAAAUUGUUUUAAAUUGUGAUGCUCUUACGCAUUUUCCUAAUUUGUUGACUCAUCCAAAAGAAAAGAUUUGUAAAGAAGCAGUUUGGUUCCUUUCAAACAUUACUGCUGGCAAUCAAUCACAAGUUCAGGCAGUUAUUGAUGCAGGACUCUUAGCACUCAUUAUUCGUAACUUAGCAAAGGGAGAAUUUCAAACACAAAAGGAAGCUGCAUGGGCAAUUAGCAAUCUUACAAUAAGUGGUAACAGGGAACAAGUUGCACGGCUUAUACAAGAAGGUGUUAUUGGUCCAUUCUGUGAUCUUUUGUCUUGUAAAGAUACUCAAGUUGUACAAGUGGUAUUAGAUGGUAUCCAUAACAUGCUUAAGCUUGCUGGACCACAAGUUGAACAUCUGGCAAACAUGAUUGAAGAAUGUGGUGCUGUGGACAAGAUUGAAGCAUUGCAAAAUCAUGAAAAUGUAGAUAUUUACAAGUUAGCAUACGACAUUAUCGAGCAAUAUUUUUCAGAAGAGGCGGAUGAGGCACCUUUAGCAUCAGGACAUGAAGGAGCUUUCGAAUUUGAUCAGACGACGAGUAUUCCGAGUGAAGGUUUUAAAUUCUGAGAAAGUCUCCACUUAUUUCUUAUCCGAUCGUGCCGUCCCCCGACAAACUCAAUACGGCCAUUUUGCUUUUUUUUAUUUCUACAUUUCUUC